UUUCGCCCUCUUUUCUAUUUUUGUUCCUCUUCGUCUCCGAUGACUUCGUCCACCGGCAGUUUGGACGCCUCGGCUAACUCCACGUCUGCGUCGGCGUUCUCCUUCUCGCCGACCUACUCCUCCUUCACCGAUCUUCUCGCUGGAGACGGCGGAGGCGUUCGGUCGACGGGCGGAGACUUCGGAGGAGUGCCCAAGUUUAAGUCGGCGCCGCCUCCCUCACUACCUAUCUCCCGACCUCCGGUCUCUCCUUCUUCAUACUUCUCCAUCCCCGCUGGGCUCAGCCCCGCCGAACUCCUCGACUCCCCUGUUCUUCUCUCUUCUUCUCAUAUCUUGCCAUCUCCAACUACUGGGACUUUUCCAGCACAGGCUUUGAAUUCCAGAUUCUCCUUAGCUAAUUCUCAAUUUGGGAACAGACUUGAAAGCAGAUCCUCCUCUGACUUCUCCUUCCAUACCAACACAAAUCCCCAAAGUUAUCAGAUACCUCCUUACCAGAAUUCCUUGGCUGCAAUUUCAGCGGGCAAAAACUCUGAGCUAUCUUCCAUGAAACCCAGCAUCAAAGUUGAAGCUGUAGCUCCAACUCAGGCAAACUCCCAGACCAGCAAUGGCAGUACCGAAAUCCAACCUUCCCUUCCCAUUCAAAAUCAGAGGAGGUUGGAUGAUGGAUACAACUGGAGAAAGUAUGGCCAGAAACAGGUCAAAGGAAGUGAAAAUCCGAGGAGCUACUACAAGUGCUCUUACCCUGGUUGCCCCAUGAAGAAGAAGGUAGAGAGAGCCUUGGACGGGCAGAUCACUGAGAUUGUGUACAAGGGGACUCAUAAUCACCCAAAGCCUCAGUCCACCAGGAGGAACUCAGCUGCUGUAGCUCAAGCAGUCCAGGGUGCUGUGCCUUCUGAAGCUUCUGAGAACUCCUUUGGUGUGCGGUCGGGCAUGCCUAUUGAUUCAGUUCAAACACCGGAUGAUUCAUCAGUGUCUUUUGGCGAUGACGAGAUUGAUAUGAGCUCUCAGAAGAGUAACCAGGGUGGAGAUGACUUCGACGAAGAUGAGCCUGAUUCCAAGCGAUGGAAGGGAGAUGGUGAGACUGAAGGGUUGUCAGCUCCUGGAAAUAGAACUGUUAGAGAGCCAAGAGUGGUUGUUCAGACGCAAAGCGACAUCGACAUCCUUGACGAUGGGUAUCGCUGGAGGAAGUAUGGGCAGAAAGUGGUGAAAGGGAAUCCAAAUCCAAGGAGUUACUACAAAUGCACCACCGUGGGUUGCCCGGUGAGGAAACAUGUGGAGAGAGCAUCCCAUGAUAUGAGAUCAGUUAUCACUACCUACGAAGGCAAGCACAACCAUGAUAUCCCUGCAGCUAGAGGAAGUGGCGCGCACCUACUUACCAGGCCUCAGCCAGACAACAAUGGCAUCGGAAUGGCCAUUCGCCCGUCAGCCAUGGCGAAUCACGUCAACCAGAUUGCUUCCAGCAACAUCUUCAACGGAAGACUCAAUGCUGCUGGGAGUUUUGGUUUCUCAGGUUAUCAAAAUUCAAUCAACCCUAUCAAUCUACAACAAUCUGCGCGCAUGGGUAACUUUUUCACUGAAACUAAAGAAGAACCAAAUGAAGACUUGUCCAUCGAUUCAUUUCUAAAUUAAAGUGGUUUUAGGAGAUCAUGCAGCAAACAAACAACAAACUCAGUAGAACUUGUUCAAAGUGAUAGAAGACUGGUUAAAUUCGUUCAUUGAUUCGAGACCUCUAGUCUUGUACUCCUGUACACAGUUUAUAUGUUGUAUUCUUGUCUCAGUAUUCAUCCUAUAAUAACAAAGAUGUAAUCUUAUCUAAUUUUUUGGGAUUAAGCUAUUUUCGAGCUA